UUCAGAUUUCAGAAAACAAAUUUAAAAGACGAGUUGAUUGCGAGUCAUCAAAUUUGUGGGUGAGAACGAGAAGAAAGGGAAAACAAUGGAAGAACUAAGGAAACUAGAACAAGUACAUACACUCAUUACAUUAAUGGACUCCCGCGGAAUCCCCAUCACUUCUUCUUCUUCCUCCAAUCGAUUCAUUGCCAAUUUCCUUCUCCUUUUGGUACUUUCUCACUCAACUUCAUCUCUGCUUUACGUUCUAAAUUCCUCAUCCAAUUUGAACAUUUCAAUUCCUCCACUUCCCCUAGUAAAAUGGUGCAACCAUGUGGAGAGCUUGACUUUGACGAUAAAUUCGAUUUGGUUUCUGAAUACAUGCCGAAGUUUUCGGAAGAGUUUCUUGGCGAUGUAUCAUUGCUGCUUGGCGAUGGAGACUAUAGGGGAAAGGAGAUGGAAAACACUUUGCAGCCUUAUUGUGACAAUAAGCUGGAUCUUGGUUCUUCCCAGAACUAUUGUGGGGAAAUGGCUAUGGUUGGCUUGGAUGCAAUGCAGCGUGCAAAUUCUACACUUGAAGAUUUUUUCAGAUCUUAUUUCAUGUUUCACGGAAUGGAUGCAAACAAACCUCAAUCUGUAUUCAAAUACUUUCCCAUUCUGUCAUUUACGGAAAGUUACAUAUAUCAGGUUAUGUCCUACUCUUUUCUUUAGUUGUCUUUGGUGGAAAAUUAGAUGUACAAAGGUUCAAGGAUAAUGUUGCAGUUAAGAAAAAAAAAAAUUAAAGAGAAAGAGAGAGGGAGAAGAGAAAAAACUCUUCAAUGAUUAAUACGAAGGUUGGAGGAUGUUACAUCAAUUGUUUCUUAUUAAGAAAAACACAAAGAAAGAAAGAAAGUAAGAAGAAAUGAAUUUGAAUUUUGCUUUGGUCUCAAUGUAAACAACUACAGGAAUUAGUGGAUGGAGAAUAUUUGAAUAUCUUUUGCUAAAAUGAACUUUGACAGAAUGAAGAAACUUCAUCCGAGUGUGGUGUGAAUAUAAAUACACGUUUCUUGAAGUAGUACAUCUAUAUAGAGGAGAUCAUUGAUCAUUCGGUGUCAGUUUUGGGUUCAGCUAACUAGUUUUGAAGAGGUUCAUUGUUUGGUGAAAUGAACGAAAAAAGUACUGAAAGGAGAAGAUUAAAAAGAAGAGAGGGAGAAGAAAAGAAGAAAAGGAGAAGAGAAGGAAGAAGAAUAGAAGAAAGAAGAGAUGAAGCUAGAAAGAGAAGAGAAGAAAGAUAAGAGGAGCAAAAAGAAGAAAGAAAAGAAGAAAGAAAAGAAGAAGAAAGGAGAAGAAAAUAAAGGUGGAGAAAGGAGAAGAAAAUAAAGGUGGAGAAAGGAGACACGAGAAUAGGAAGAAGUUAUUCCUAAGGAGCCGCAGCAACACAUUGCCACAAAACACACGUUUAUUUAUUUGUUUAUAUUUAUUCUUCUUUUUAAAACAAUUUUUUUGAUGGGCUUUAGCAACUGGCCCAAAUCAAGAUGUAUCAUUAAGUCGACUUACUGAAGCUGGUUCGGUUGGUAAAUCAGAUGGCUCACCUUUUCUAUUUUUGAUGCUCAUGCCCACUUGGCCACUUCUAUAACCCAAUCAUGUCUUUACUAUGAUCUCAGUGACCUUGGGUUCUGUUUUGUUUGUGCAUAAUGAAUUUAUCUUCAUGCUGCAGCUGGACACUUUGAAUGAGAAGAUAGUUUUGGGUGGAUUUGCUUUUGGAGAAUCUCAGG